AUGAAUGAGGUGGUCUGCUUUCGCCGGCAAAGGCACACUUAUCAACAGAGCUUCCCCGCGCAAUCUCUCAACCCCCAACGCAGUCACAUGUCUUCAACCAUGUCCUUCCCGACACGGUCACUUUCAACCCGCAUACCGGGAGCGGGCUCUCGUGAUGCCUCGGGAGGUUCGACAGGCCCGUCGCCAGCGCUGGUUGCCCGGAUCGAAGAGAAAAAGGCAGAGCUCGAAAGCCUCAAGCAACUGAGGGACCUAAGUGCGGCUGUCGCGACACAGAUGGAAGCGUUGGAGAAGCAACUCUCGACCCUAUCCGACGGCACAGAAGCAAUCGCGACGGUCAUCGGCAAUUGGCAUAACGUGCUACGAGCAAUCAACAUGGCUUCCGCGAGCCUACCCAAACCGAAAAACACCGAGACUGAGCAAGGUACGACGGAAGAGACAACAAAAACCACGCCUCUUCCCCAGACCUUGGUGCGCAUUCCGACCGAGCAUGUGGCAACUCUGCAGGCGCACACGGAACAGGCAGAGGAAACGGAACAGGACAGCAACUCAUGA